CGAUGAGAAUACUUCUACCGCCGACGAGCACUUCAUCAUGGCCCCCAAGGCGCGCUGCUCGCGCGGCCUGCCCGCCCUCCUCGUGGUGCUCGCCGCCGUCCUCCUCCAGGCCGAGGCCAUCGACUUCGGCUGGGGCGCCUGCCCCUCCAAGGACGUGGUCCAGGACUUUGACGUCGGCAGGUGGUGGGCAACAAAACAGCUCCAUACUGGGUGCUGAACACCGACUACUCCAACUACUCGGUGGUCUACUCGUGCUCCGCCGUCCUCGGCUUUCUCCGCGCUGAGUCCGCGUGGAUCCUAAGCAGGACAAGGACGGUCGACGACCCCGCCGUGCACAAGGCCAUCGAGGAGGCGGUGGUGAAGGCGGGCAUCAGCAGGAACAGCUUCCAGAAGACAGACCAGCAGGACUGCAGGGCAGCGGAUUAACACCCCCUCCCUCCCCCCUUCGGACCUUACUCACGUACAAUAUUGGGUUUUACUAUUUCUUUUGACUUAUUUUUCAAACUGAAAAAGAUGCUUUAGAAGUAGUAAUACUUUAAGUUACCUCAGUGAGAUCUCUGAUGCUGUUCCCUACAUUCCAGAAUGCUGUGUUGGUAAUGUUAGUCACACACUGCGACCAGCGGACAAAAGUGUUCAAAGAAGAACGGUUUCCAGUCAAUAUUGUAAAUAAAUAAAAAUCACACGUAGUUA